AUGAAUGUUACAAAUGACGAACCUGAGGUCUUUCCCCGCGUAUUUGUAGCAACGACGAUCUUCUGUUUCGUUUGUUCACCUGUGUCCUCUCUCGGUAACUUAAUCGUCAUGUAUGGGCUUUACAAACAUCCUGUGGGUAAACUUCGAACGCCAUCGUUAAUGCUUUUUCUAAACCUUGUUGUUUCCGACUUUUUAACGGGCAUGGUCUUAGGUAUCUUAUUUGCAGCCGAUGCUCUUCUUGAUGUAUCUGGUAUUAACGACGUCGUUCUCGAUGCAUCAGUCUUUGUGCUCGGUGGAUUGCUAGUCUUUGCUAGCAAUACCACCAUCACGGCUAUUCUUUUUGAUCGACUCGUAGCCAUGGUCAAACCAAUACGAUAUAAACGCACUAUUACUACAAAAACUGUCAAGCUGCUCAUAACAGGAAUCUGGAUAGCAUCUGUACUAGUUUCUCUUCUCCCACUUGUAAUUUCCAAAUGGACCUUUCUCUUGAUCUUCAGCCAUAUUCACAUAUCUUUGCCACUAAUUUCUUUAGUCUCCAUGUCCCUAAUAAUUUUUAUUAGCAUUCGUAAACAGAGAAGGGAACUACUGAAAUACAUUCAUGGUAAUAACCCAAGAGCAAUGGAACUGACCAAACAAUUUCAUAACAAAAGAAUGGAGCGUGAUCGACGUCUUACCUUCACUAUCAUAUUAGUAAUGGUUUUCUUCUGUGUUGCUUGCCUUCCAAUUUUUAUUGGCGUUCAUCUAGUGGUCUACUUGCGCAGCUGUCCUUCCUGCCACUUUAGUGAGUAUUCCCAAAGAGCAUUUCAUUCUCUUUGCUAUUUUUCUGGAAGAUUUUUAAUAUUCAACACAGCGCUCGACCCCUUUCUCUUGUACUGGAGGAUACCCAAAAUCCGCGAAGCUGUACGAGCCACUUGUUUCUACCCCUUCCUACGACGUUGCGCCAUUAAUGAUGAACAAAAGAAGGUUGGUUUUGACAGAAAAAAUAGUAAGAACGCUAUAAAACUUUUGAGUUUAACGACCAUAAGCGAAUCUUCCCAGACUGUUGGGCAUCUAACUGUAUUAUGAAGAUCACUAAGCGGCGACUCCGCAUUGCUACGUCUCGGUUGCAUGUAGUAACAACUACAACUUUAGGAUAGAAGUGAAAUCAUAACUUCAACUAUAUAUGGUGAUUCACRACU